GUUCAUUUGCGAAUCGGUGCUGGACAGGAUUGCUCUGUCAGUAAGAAAUUCGCAAUCUCUCUUUCUCUUUCUCUGAAAUUAUAUCAAACACUCGACACAACGUGUUUAUAAUGGAAAUUCAAGGGAAAACUGUGCUCAUCACCGGCGGAGCCAACGGCAUCGGCUAUUGCACCGCUCGAGAAUUACUUCGAAACGGAGCAAAGGCCGUUGUAAUCAUAGAUUUGCCCGAUUCGAAUGGCGAAAAUGCUGUUGCGGAAUUGGAGAAGGAAUUCGGCGCGAAUCAUGCUAUUUUCCUCGUUGGAAACGUGGCGAACGCCGAGGAACUUACGGCUUGUUUCGAAAAGGCAAUAGAGUCAUUCGGCACGCUGGACAUUGUUAUCAAUAAUGCUGGAAUCAUGAACGACGCGGAAUGGGAGCCGAUGGUUGAUAUUAAUUAUAAAGGGGUUGUACGUGGCACGAUAUUAGGUCUGAAUCAUAUGGGGAAGCACAAGGGCGGAAAAGGUGGUAUUAUCGUCAAUAUGUCUUCUAUAAUCGGCUUGCAAGGCAAUCCGCUCGCGCCUAUUUACGCCGGAACGAGUUUCGCCGUCGUCGGAUUCACUUCAUCGUUACAGACUUUCUACGAAAAAACAGGCGUACGAGUAUUGAUAAUAUGUCCUGGUCUUACUACCACUGGCAUGGCUUCGAAAUACAUGUCAAGCAAAGUCUACGCGAUGGAUCUCCUCGACGACGAGACCGCUGCCAAGGAGAUGACAACGAUGGAGAGUCAAUCACCUGAGCACGUAGCAAUCGCUAUCGUGGAACUGAUCGAAAAAGGAGGGAAUGGCGCAAUCUUUGUCAGCGAAAACAAUCAGCCUGCUUACGCCGUGCAAUUACCGUCCUAUACCGAUUUGAAGAUUUCGUGUACAAAAAUAACAUUUGAUUAUUGCGGACCGAACGGCACAACGCCGCACUAUAGUCCACCGGAAGAUGAAUUGAAACAGUUGAGACCACGAAAAACUUACAAGCAAUUGAUCGUCGAGGCGAUCAACUCGACGCAGGCUAAAGAAAUGACCUUAAAUGAAAUAGCUUUGUCAUUUGCCGAGUUGCCAGACCUUACAACAAAGACCAACGCUUGGCCGAUGCUACGGCAGUCAAUUGUCGGCCAAGCUGAAGACACUGAUAAAGACAUGUUUGAUAAAGAUGAGAGUAGUGUUCCCCCAUGCAUUACUCUGCAGCGGCUGCAAGCGAUGAUGCAGCAAUUGCUGCAGCAGCAAAAGGAGCAGCAUCUGCAGCAGCAGCGAGACCAGCAAUUGCUAUUGUUGCAGGACUCCGACGAGGAAUGGCCGAUUAUAAAAGCAUUGCAUACGGCCGAGCAUUUCUUCUUGUUUACAAUCUUUUUGAUAUUUAAUCUUCUCAAGGCAAUAUCGAUAAUAAUGGACAACGUAGAAAAUAAAACGGCGAUAGUCACAGGAGCCGGGUCCGGCAUUGGCUACCACAUUACCGAAGAUUUGUUGCGUAAAGGCGUGAAGAAAGUCGCCAUCCUCGAUUUGCCGGUAGCACGAAGUUACAACGCAACAGUAACAUUGCAAGAAAAAUUUGGAAAAGAACGUGUCAGCUUCUUUCCAACUGAUGUAACAAACUUGGCAGUGUACAACGAAACAUUCAAGCAAGUUAUUAAGGCUUUCAAUGGUCUUGACAUACUUGUUAACAAUGCUGGGAUAUGUAAUGACAGUUGUAUCGAGCAAACGUUUGCUAUUAAUGUCGUAGCGGUAAUUCGCGGUUCGCUAUUGGCCUUAGAUUACAUAGGCAAACAUAAAGGUGGCAAAGGGGGUACCAUAGUAAAUAUAGCGUCUAUGGCUGGAUUGGGUCCUUUCUAUGCAUGUCCGGUGUACUGUUCUUCUAAACAUGCUGUCGUCGGAUUUGGCUCCAGUCUUGAGAGAUCUUACGUCAAAACAGGAGUUCGCAUUCUAACAAUGUGUCCUGGUUUCACAGAAACGGCAAUGCUAGCUCAUGAUAUAAGCAAAAAUCUCGACUUUAUCGACAAAGAUUUUAUUAAAUUCUUAGAGAAUACGGAUGAGAUACAAAAAAAUAUUUAUAACCCUCAAUCUGCUGUGCAUGUUGCACAAUCUACAGUCAUGGCGAUUCAAAAGGGUAAAAACGGAUCGAUUUGGGUUAUUGAUCGUAAUGAGCCAGCAUAUCCAAUCAAAUUACGGCCGUAUAAUGCCGCUUAGACGUAAAAUUCUUCAAACACAUCGGAAACGAACAACUCGAAUCACAUGUGCGAAAGAUAGAAGAAACACCUGUAGUUGAAUCACGAAAUAAUGUGCCUGCUACAUCAAUAUAUAACAAUACUAUAAAAUAAAUAAAUAAAUAAUUAUAAUAAAGGAUA